AUGGGUCUUGCGUUUCGGAGGCCGGCGUUCACCGAGGAGCAGCUGCAGCUCUAUCAAGACUGCACCUAUUUCUCUCGCAAGGAAAUCCUCAGACUCUACCGACGGUUCUGCUCUCUGGGCGCAGGGGAAGUGGACAAGACGACUGGCGACAUUUCCACUCGACUUAGCUUCAUUCUCAUCCAAGAAAUGCCUGAAAUGAGGCAGAACCCUUUCAAAGAGCAACUUUGCGAGGUGUUCUCAACCGACGGAGCAGGUCUAAAUUUCGAAGAUUUCCUGGACAUGUUCUCCGUGCUCAGUGAUAAUGCGCCGCUCCAUCUCAAAGCCGCCUACGCCUUCAGAAUAUACGACUUCAACGGCGACAAUAUCAUUUGCACUGACGACAUCAAAGAAACUGUCAAAGCUCUUACUGGAGAUAGGAUUCCUGAAGAUAAACUGGAGGCCAUUGCGGGGAAUGUCAUAGCCGAGUGUGAUGUAAUCAGUGAUGGAAGUCUCUCGUUUACUGAGUUUGAACAUGUGGUAGCAAGAUCACCUGACUUUGAUGGAGGAGAUGGACUCCACUUUCUCUACAUCAGACGAAAUGCUCUCUACUUUGUGGCCGCCACGAAAUUCAACGUUCCUCCAGCAUUUGGACUGGAGCUACUCUCCAGAAUUGCAGGAGUGUGUAAGGACUACUGUGGGUUAUUGAAUGAGGAGGCAAUCCGGUUGAACUUUUCCCUCAUUUAUGAGCUACUAGACGAAGUAUUG